AUGAUGAGUGUACUAUAUGAAAAAGAUAUAUCAAUCUUAUCAGACAAUUAUUUCUUUUAUGUUUAAUUUUCAAAUUAAACUGUAUUAGUUUACAGUCCUCACUUACCUCAACAUAUGAGUUUAUAUUACUAACUCAAUUUAUCAUUUCCAUUGAUUUGUACCUAUUUUGUAACGACUGAAGAAUCUUUGUUGUAUUUUGAAAAUAAGAUCUAUUCAUUAUUACCAUCUCAACUAUUUGAACUAUAAGUAAAUAAAUCUCUAAACUUUGAACGAUCUUACCCUUUAAUUAUAUAUAAUUAUACUGUUACUUCCUUAUUAAAUUAGAGUGCUAUUUAAUAUACGCCCAAUUUACAAUAUUCUAAUAAAUAACUACUAAAACCAUAAAUUUAUCAAUUAAAGAUUUAAAUUAAUAAGAUAGAACUUUCACAAUUCCUAUUAGAGUAAUCCUUGAUAGACAGGCAAGUCUCUGUUAUUUUUCUAAUAGCGAUUAAUUAUUUAAACAAUUAAUACUUUACAAAUGAAACAUGCAAUAUAACUAAUCUUGGGUACUCUACUUUAAAACCCAGCCUAAACUACACAUUAGUAACAGGAGUAAAUAACUAAUUUUUUGUUUUUUAGAACAAUACUAAUAUCUAAAUUGUAGAUUCAUCGUUUAAUUUUUAAUAAUCUUACAAUUAUUCUAAAUUAAGGUUUACUGAAUGUUUGAAAUCAGCAUCUUUUAAUUUAACUUUGUCUUCCAUAUGUCAAAACAAUACUGGCUAAUAUUGGCUUAGCAUUUCCUUUGACUGUUUUGGAAAUGUUUCAGAUAUAAACACAUUUUCAAUUCCUGGCAUAUUUACUAAUAUAUUUAAAAUUAACAUUAUAUACAAUCUAAAUUUUAUUUUAGUUUUUUUUUAAUUCUACUAAUCAAAGUUUGUAUUUACUUAACUAAUUAAACAACAGCAUGCAAUAAAUUAGUUGUGAUUCUAAUAGUUCAGAUUAUAAUAGAUCAUCCUGCAAUUGUUAAGAUUUUUCCGUAGCCCUUUAUAAUUUUGGCAACGAAAAUAAUUAGUAAAUAUCAUGAAUAAAAUAGCCACCUAUUUAUAUUUAUAUUUUGGAAAUAAUACCUCAUUUUAAUUAGAAAAAUAAAAUUCCUUUUUUCGAUAAGGAAAAUAUUCCUUAUUUAGACAUGAUUGUAAAUAAUAGGAAGAUAAAUAUUCAUCCUUAUCACAAAUAAUGUUGGUUUAGGAGAAUUGUAUGUUUUUUUUUUGUUAUAGAAUUAAAACAGAUUAAAUUUAUUUGAUUUUAUUACAACUAUUCCAGGUUAUGGUAAUUUAUUGCCAAUAUCAAAUUCUAUAUAUUCAAAUGGUCUUCUACUUCAACAGUUUCAAUAGGGAAAUAAUUAUUUGAUAGGAGUUUAUUAAAUUAGUAACUUCUAUGAUAACAAUUUGGAAGAUCCUCUUUUACUGUUAGGAUCAUAAACCUCUACAUCUCUUGAAUAUGCCUUCAUACGAAAUAUAGAGGACCAAAACGCUACAUGUAUUGCAUUUAAUAAUGGAUCAUUAUUAUACUUUCCAAUAUAUACUAGAAUAUUUAAAUGCCAUUAUAGAAAGCGUAGAAAUAGUGUACAAAUGAAUAUUUUAUGCUAAAAUUAAUAUUCAUCAGGAUCUUAUCAAAUAACAUUUAUUCUUCCUGAAUUAGAAAUAAAUAAAAGAGGAUGGAUUUUUUCAUUAAUUACAAUAAUUGCAAUUCAAUUAAUAGGAUUCUAUAUUUUAGUUAGAUAUAGAAUGAGAAAUUAUGGUCAUAUAAAUACCGAAAUAGAAUUUUGA